CUUUGGUAGUGCACCGACUGUCUGUGUCUGCUCAUUUAUUCUUCCAGGCCUGCGCUGCAACAGAACACACUGGGUUUCUCAGAAGUCUCUCAUCAUGUACCUGUUGGUGGUGGUGGUCUCUCUUCUGCUGGACUCUGUUCCCACUCAGAGUCGUCCUACUGAGGAUUUAUUCGAAACGAUCUCUGGGAAGACUGGUAACAUCACUGAGAAAGACGACAUGCCAGUGUCAGCUAUAAUCCAGUCCAACAAACAUGCAGGACAGCAAGUGGAUGGGCCCUUGAUCACGUUUGGAGACAUCGCUGUAUCAGAAGGGUUCAAGAAUGCAGAUCCGUGCACAGCUCGUGGAUGCAAAUGGAGGAGAAGCAGAGAUGGAUUAGUCUAUGUGCCCUACGUGAUGUCCAACCAGUACUCUCCAAAGGAAAUACAAGUGAUUAAACAAGGCUUACGGUCCUUUGCGGAUGUCUCCUGCAUUCGAUUCAUACCACACGAAGGGCAGAGGCACUUUCUCUACAUAAAGUCUGAUUCUGGUUGCUAUUCAUAUUUGGGGCGCCAAGGUGGAGGACAGGUUGUUUCUCUCCAGCGUCCUGGGUGUGUCUAUCACCAUAUUGUUCAACACGAGCUCCUUCAUGCUCUCGGCUUCCAUCAUGAACAGAACCGCAGCGACCGUGACAAACACAUCAAAAUCCUUUUUGAGAACAUCAUACCUGCACGGCAGCACAACUUCAAGAGAACAGAAACCAAUAAUCUGGCAACUCCCUAUGAUUACAACUCUGUGAUGCACUAUUCAAGGAAAGCUUUCUCUAGGAACAAUGAGCCAACCAUGAUUCCCAUUCCUGAUGGGAACGCCGUGAUUGGUGAAGCUCGAACAAUGAGCCCCAAUGACGUCCUGCGGGUUAACAGACUCUACUGCCGUAAAUGAAGUCGUACGGUUAUUUGACUUGUUUACACUUACCUGGUCUACCAGAAUGUUUUGCUUGACCAAGGUAAUCUUGCGGGCUCAACUAGUCAAGCGGUGGUCUUUACAGUGCGGUUUGUAAUUAUUGUAACUCUUAUGACAACAAAAUCUUUCUUUUCGUGUUCAUUGUUUAUUGGUGUUUUUCCUCCUCAGUCUGAAGUGCUGCCAGGCUGCAUGAAGGAUGUGUUUGAGGAUAGUGUUCAUCUUUUCGUCUCAGCGUUCAUUAUUCUCUAUCAUUAUUUUUUAAUGUUUCCUUAUUUGCA